GCCCCACGGACUCCACGGAGACUCUGUCAGCCACGCCAGCGUCAUGUCGGACAAACGCCGGUUGCAAGAACUCUUCGAGAAGUACGACGCGUCCGGCGAUGGCGUCCUUUCUGAGAAAGAAAUGCUGAAUUUGUUCGAACAUCUGGGCAUUUCAAGGGCCCAAGCCGAAGAGGUUUUCCAAGAAGCUGAUGCCAAUAGGGAUGGAACGAUUCAAGUACAUGAGUUCAUUUCUUGGCUGACAGCCAACAAACCGUCCUACAGCCCCCUUGCCAGCCUUGGCGAAGAUGGGACGGGAAAUAUCGAAUUUGCUUUCGGAAAUUCCACGCAGCAGACUUUGAAAUAUACCUUCAAGUUCAUGGCCUUGGAAAAUGUCGAAGUCCUUGGGCAAAAUCCAAUUCAGGUGGUUCUUGAACCAGGCAAGCGCACCUUCAAACCCAUGUUGCGAGUCACCAAAUCUCCAUUUAGUUAUGAGGUGGCGCCCGUGUGCUGCCGCGGGGAGGUGAAUAACGGGGAGGAUGAUCUCAGCAAGGCCUUCAUGGAUCCAGACUUCCCACACGAUGAGCGGAGCACCAAGAACGAAAGGUUCCCAGAGUUGGACAUGGGGAGGCCGGACCGCUGGGUGCGCGCGCGGAUGUUGGGCAACUCCAAGGAGGCCGUGUUGUUCGACCAGGUGAGGCCCCAGGACGUGAUCCAAGGACAUGUGGGAGACUGCUACUUGUUGGCGUCUCUGGCGGCGUUGGCCCAGCAGCCUGAGAGACUGAAGAGCCUUUUUGGGGAGAAACAUAUCACGGAGGAUGGCAAGUACACAGUGAGACUCUUUCACAUUGAGAAGAAGGAGUGGGUCAAGGUCACUGUGGACGAGUUUGUGCCCUGCAGAAGUGUGGAUGGCAUCCUGAAACCCUGCUGUGCGCAACCCUUGGGCGAGGAGAUUUGGGUUCCUUUGCUGGAAAAGGCUAUUGCCAAAUUCUGCGGGAACUAUGGGGAGAUCUACGGUGGCAUGGAGAGCUGGGUCUUCAAUGUCUUGACGGGUCGAACCCCUGAGAUCCUGCAGAAGACCAACAAGGGCUGGGUCAGCUACUUCUCCCGGGACAUGAAGGCGCGCGAACCGCAAAAGGGACGGCCCCGAAGGAACCGCGACAGGAAACCCAUGGACUCGGAGCAGCUCUUCCAAUACAUCUCAGGCGCCCUGGCGGAUAAGCACAUCGUCUCCUGCAGCGUGAACUUCUUGGAUGACAAACCCAUCAGGAGUCCCGAAGUGGAGUCACAGGUGCGGCAGAAGUACGGUGUGGAGGCGAACCACGCGUAUUCCUUGCGAACCACGCGUAUUCCUUGAUGAAAUGCUUUGAGGAGAAGCUGGACAACGGGCAAGCCAUCCGCCUGGUGCAGAUUCGGAACCCUUGGGGCUUUGGCGAGUGGAACGGUGAUUGGGCUGACUACAGCAAGGGGAAGCUGCCCGAUUGCUGGGAGAAGAAUCCUGAGCUCAAGAAGAGAUUGAAGGUGAAGAAUCAGAACGAUGGCCUUUUCUACAUGUCCUUCGACGACUUUGUCAUGCUCUACAGUGGUUGCCAGUUGUGCCCUGUGGGCACCAAACCCAUCCCUAAUAAUGAAGAGUUGGAAGAAGAUGUGGGAGAGGAAGAGUCGAAGGGUUUCUUCUCAAGCAUGUUUGGCAGCUUUUGGUAAGCACUGUUUGAAUCAUAGGCUCGCACAGGCUGAGACGGCUGAGACUUGAAAUAUCUCGGAGGCAAGCGCCUGAAGGGACCCUUGCCGCGUUUCACCUCUCACCUGCACCUCUUUGAGAUGUGCAAAAUCA